CAGACCGCGCUCGCACCGUCUGUAGGAGCGGACGGACGGACGAACGAGCGCGACCUCGGUAGCUCUUUGGCACGCGUCUAAAUGCGCGUCUUUUUCAAAUCACACCGACGGCUGUUCGCGUGUUGGGAUGGAUGACGCGUUUUCCUUGAUAGCCUGAGGGUGUUUGGGUUUUUUUUGUUUGUUUUUUUUUUAAACCAAAAAACAUGUUCACAAGCUACGUAAAGGGUCUGAAUGAUAUGGUUUUUUCCACGAGCCAAGAGGAGCAGCCUAGCCCCGGGGUAUUUGAACGUAUCGGGAGCUGGUUCUCCCCAUGGAGGGGUAGGAGUCCAAAGAGUUCAACCGAAGAUGCCCCCUCGACGAGUGAGGAGACCCCUGCAGACGGGGAAGAGAACCCGCAGCCUGUGAGGGGCUCCCAGGCAAAGGAACAGCAGCAAGAGGAGGAGCCGGGCCAAAGUCCCAACUCCAAUCUGCUCGGUCUCUCCAGGGAUAAUUUCGCCAGUGAAAUAAAGGAGGACGCCACGCAGUCUGCCCACAGAGACGGCCCCUUUACAGUUAACACUGAGCCAGGAGAAGGAGGUACUGAAAAGGAGGAGUUUGUGGAGCGUGGAGGGAAUAGAACAGGGCAGGGCCGGGAAAGGGGAGAGAGCGGCAGCAGCAACGGUACAGCAACAGAGAGCGGGAAUCCCACCUCCAAGAAGAAUAGCAGUCAUCUGACACAUCUGUCUUCCUCUGCUGAGCAGGGGGUGCUAUGGGACUCUGACCAGGCCCAAAUCAAGCCCCGGACUAAGAAGCAAGCUCAUGCCCAGACAGGCAAGAAACUCCACGUGUACCUGGAGGAGACCAGUGUGACUCACCGUGGCCAAGACACCGCUGCUGGAGAGGAAGUGAUCUGCACUAAGGUUACGAAAAGCCUUCAGGUCAUAUCCAAGGCAAACGCAACAAAGAGUGUUGAAUCACCCAAGGGCUCCGGUGCAGAGGGGUCACAGAAUAAAAGGACAGUUUGCAGACCUGCUAUUGGAGCACAGGGUCAUUACAGUGCCCUGGUGGGAGUGUCAUUGAAACCCCACCCACACACACCGUCAAAGCCUGAGCCUGAAACAGAGCAGACAGCAAAAGACAGCAUGGGGCGUAAAAACACAAGCAAGAAAAAGACCAGGAAGAUGUCACAGGGCGACUCAGGGAGCAGCUCUCAGGAGAACACGCCCUCCAAGGUCCAGCCCACACCGGUGAGCUCCCCCACCUCAAAUGACACAUCCACUAUUCCCCCAGUCGCACGGGAGGAGACUCACCUGGGAGAAAGAUCUGUAAACUCCUCCCUCAAAAAUCUCCUGUCCUCCUCAACAACCUCAACAGAAGGAGGGAAAAGCAACGCUGCUUCCUCUGCUAUUGGGGCAAAAACACUCACUGGCCAGCAGUCGCAAGGAACCCAGGUUUCCAACUCUCCCUCUGAAGACAGUCUGGCGUGUGUGGUGGGUGGGGUGGUGGACAUGGAGGAUGAUGAUGAUAGUGCCUACAAGGUGGAGAGGAAAACUGAGACCCCAGAGUCCAAACGCAGGAGCGUGAAGGUUUCUCGCAGCGAGGUAAAGGUUUUUGCAAAGAAAGUGCUGGUGAACACUGACGCGAGUACCCAGGGAGAUGGAAAUGUGUCACAGAGUGUCACAGAGGCAAAUCACUCCAGAGAUGAAGCCAAGGUGAAACCCAACCCCGAGGUCAAUACAAGAUUGCAGGGGCUGGAGAAAAUGGAUGAAGAGCCCGAUACCUCUGCUGGACGGAUUGCAGAUAAGAUCAGCCUGUUUGAGGGCCGAGCAGCGAGGGCGGGCAGGCAGACCCUCCAAAGCCCCAGGAGCGCUGAUGUGUCCCCAGCCCGGAAAGUCACCGAGAGGCUGAAACCACACCUCAACAGGGAAUUCGGAUUACAAGAUCACAGGUCAAACUCAGGGGAACGUGAUGGCAGUGCCAGAUCCAGUUCCGCUCCGCCUGUCGGAGAGAAGCCAAAGACGGUGAAAGAGAGAGCGAGAAACUUCGCAGAGGCAAAUAAAACAGAGGACAAAACAGGAUUACCGCAAAAGUCUGCUAUGAUAGGAAUGCCCCAGAAUUCCUCACCUUCCUUAGUGGUGUCUGUGUCACAGCCAUCAGAACUGGACAUUCAGGCUAAACUGGCUGGCAAAGAUAAGACAGAGACCACAGCAAGGGCACAGAUGAGAUCCAAACUAGAUGGGCCAGAUACCAGUGCUAUAGCGGCAACUAUUUCUACUCCUAAACAACAGCAGACUGACACUGAAGCGAUGCACAAAGAGGAUCUGAAACCUACAGAUCGACAUUUGAAAUCUAACAGUGUUGAAUCAGAUAGGCCCGCCAAAGUUCCUGGUGACUCAAAUGAACUAGCCGGUGAGAUUAGCCCUCAGGCUAAAGCUCCUGGCAAGACAGGCUCCCGCUCUAAGAAAAAGAAAAGCAGAGAGCCAGCCAGUCCCUCCAGCCCAAAUAAUGAUAUUAAAGCCCUCCAACCACCCAGUAAGCAAGAGGGCAUUGCCAUUGCUGUGAAAGAGGAAACAGAUGGUACCACCAAGGACACAACCGUUCCCGCCAAACAGCUCAAACAGACUGACGCAUUACAAACAGAUCAACCUUCAGGAAGUCCAUCAGAUGUUGAAAAGCACUCACUCAGUGAGGAUUCAGGCAAACUGGUAGAUUCAUCAUUUAAAAAGGAGGGUGUUGACAAAGUUACAAAGGAAAAGGGGGGGCUGUCAGGAAGCUCUGUGAACAAAGAUGACCACGCCAAUGCUGCCAUUUGUCCAACAAAGGAGCAUAUUGAUAAAGAUGCACAUGUUUUAGUUCAAAAGGAGGAGGUCGCUGAGGGGAACAGCCCCUCCUUUGUUGAGAAGAGGGAAAAAGGCUCCAAAGACAUCGGUAACACAUUGGGCCCUCUCCCCCCACCACAUUUAGAUAAACAACCAAUUGAGAAGCCUCCAGAGCAGAAAAGAUCACCUGUGGAAUAUCCCCCUUCAGAAAACAAGCAGCAAGGACAAUAUGAGAAGAAAAACAAAGAAAAGGUGAAACGGCCUGAGAAAACGGCAAAGUCAGAGAUAAAAACCUCAGAAACAACAGAUCAGAUGGACGAUAGAGACCCAGCGAAAGUGGCACAGCCAGAAAAGAAAGAUGCAGAAAAAAAACACCAGGCUGAGAAAAAUGACAAAGGAAAAGCACAACAGCACACGAGUUUGGAUAAAAAUACCACCAAGGACCUGGCUUCAGCUUGUGGACAGGAUGACCCUGACCCUGGCAGCAAGCGUGAGGCUCAGAUGAGAGAGGAAACAAAGCUUGUUCAAGACAAAUCAAAAACCUCAUCCAAGCCCAUGGAGCCUGUCACAAAGCCCCCGGAAAAGGGCUCACAUCCAGAUCAGACUCCUGCUCAUGUAGUUGCCCAGACUAGUAACACCGGCACUGAUGAAGGGCCCCAGGCAGGGCAAGCUACAAACGAUUCAGAGUCAAAAACAAGUGUUAAACUAAAUCGAGGAGUAGAAACCCAUCCAGCAGUGGUUACAGAAAAACCGCUGCCUUGCUCUGUAUCUGUGGAAAAAACAGAACAAUCCGCUGAUGAGUCACGCACACAUGGAGCUGGUGUUGUUACAACAGAGCUCCACGGCCCAAACCACUCUGUUAAAGUUGCUGCGGCCGUUAAAGAAACGUCUGUCAAACCAGGGGACGAGACUUUGGUAUCUGCCAAGCAGACUGGCGAAAAGGAUAAUAAGAAUGAGCCCCCUAAAUCACUGAAGAAACCCAAUCUUACUCCUUCUUCUCAGUCUGUUAGCAGCGGGGGAGGAGACCUGAAUGUUGGGAAUAAAACUUCAAAUCUCAACUCACUGACCUCAGAAGUGAAAAACUCGGGAGUUAUAGACAAAGCCUCUCUUCACCAUUCACAGUGUGAGGAUUCAGAAAUGACACAGACAGUGAAGAGCAAGUCAAAUGCAGGCACACAAGAAACACUGCAAAACUCAUCUGCCGCUGUUUCCACCACUACAGUAACUGUGGAAGAGAGGGCAGGUGAUAAGAAAGUAGGCCCUCUGCUGAGUGAACCCUCACGUAUUUUCAAUGGUGAUAUCCACCCUCUCCCGCAUCCCCAACCAGUCAACAAUACACCAGGAUCCCCUCUAUGUUCAGAUCAAGCUACAAGAGUGACAGAGGCCGCUAAAAGGAGCCCAGACUCUCCCAACCUAACUCUUCCAUUCCUGAACAAACUUCCUCCUUCACGAGGGAUAAACAGAGGCGAUUUGUCGCUGCAGCGAGAUGCGCCCUCCAGCUGGCUAGAUGUGGACUUUCCCAAACAGAGGCUCAAAACUUCAGAGCCCAAGCUUAGCUCCUCUGUGAGUGAGAGUGACCUUCUGGACACUUCCAAUGAGAUGGAUGAUGAGGAUUUCAUAGAGAAAAUCAGGAACCUAUGUGCUCCGUUCUCUCUCCCACCACGUAAACACAGCCACCUUCGGCCGCAACAGCCCCCCUUCGCUAUGCCGUCCAUCAGGGAGGACCGCUUUGAGAAGACGUUUGAUCCAGAGGAGUUCAAGUUUGGCUUGAGGAAGAAGAAGGAGUUCAGCACAGAGCAGAGUCCAAGCCUCUUCGCCAAGCUCCAAAGCACCGAGACUAAGGCAAACCUAAAACCCGCCAGGGCCAGUUUAGCAGACAGGAGUAUGCUGCUCACAAGCUUGGACACUCGCUUUCGGCUAAGGGAGAAGACCGCUGAUGAUGGCGAGGAGAAGAAGAAGGAGGAGGGGGAGACGGAGAACAAAAAGGAUGAGCAGUUCAAGGUGCCGUCCCGUCUAGAGGGGAGCUGUGUCCUCAGCAGCCUCUUCUCCAGCUCCAGGGGGAGGAAGAAUGGAGCAGAGGCCCAGUCAGACACCACUGAUUCUGGUGAUGCAUCGCCUAGAGAAGCCCCCUGGCUCAGCCCCCCGGCAGGAUCACAACCACUCUUGACAAGAGUCACUCCUAAAGGUCCACUCAGUGAAACGCCGGCUAACCAGACUCCCGUCCCUGCUGAUGGGACUGGAGCGCAGGCUGUGGUCAGUGACUCAGUUCCUCCACUUCCCUCCUUUAACGACAUCAAGCUGCCCGGCUAUUUAGAGAAGUACCUCCCCCGGGAGCUUGCAAAGCCAGAGCACAGCAUGGAGGAAAAGGAGCAACUCAACGCAGAGGUGAUUGGUGGGAUGAUGUCAUUAGUCCCCGGUGGUGGAGCAGACCUGAAGAUGAAGCCAGGACUCGUGCAGCCUGAAGGAGCAUUGCCUCUUUUACCUGGGAUUCCUCCAACCGCCACACACCCAACAAUACCAGACCUCCACCAGCGUGUGGCUUACCCAGAGGCGGUGAGAAACAACAAUAUAAGGGCUGCUAGAGGAUUCCACCGGCGCCCUGGUAAGAUGGUGUUGUUUGAGAACGCUCAGCGUGACGGCCAGGCCUACGAGAUCUUCAGGGAUGUGGACGAUGCUACCUCUCUCCAGCUCUCGCCCCUCAUCUCCGUGAAGGUCGUCAGGGGAUGUUGGGUGCUUUAUGAGAAACCCGGCUUCCAAGGACGCUCCAUCGCCCUGGAGGAAGGCUGCAUAGAACUGGCUAAUGUGUGGGCAGAGCCUGAGGAAGCGUGGGCCAGGCCGGGGGCGGGGCCGACAGAGACACAGCCACACGUUGACCCGCCACUGACGAUUGGCUCUAUUCGACUGGCUGUCUGGGAUUACCGCCUCCCCCACAUCGACCUGUUCACUGAGCCGGAGGGCCACGGCAGAGUAACGCCUCACCACGACGACGCGGUGGAGACGGGCUCCUUCGGGAUCCCACAGACCACUGCGUCAAUCAAAGUCCACUCUGGCGUCUGGCUGGUGUUCAGUGAUCCGGGCUACCAGGGCGUGCUUUCUGUGUUGGAGGAAGGAGAGUACCCCUUCCCCGAGACCUGGGGCUUCCCUUCGCCCUUCGUCGGCUCCCUCAGGCCCCUCAAAAUGGGUGCGUUUAAAGUGGAGAACCCCAGUGAAGUCAAGGCGUGGGUGUAUGAGGGGCCGGGCUUGCAGGGCCCCUGUCUGGAAAUAGAGGACGAGGUCUUCAGCUUUGGCGACGGCGACGAAGAAAACAUGGGCUCAAAGAAAAUCCAGUCUGUGGGCUCUUUAAAGAUCACCGGAGGACUCUGGGUGGGCUACAGCCAGCCCGGGUUUGAAGGCCAACAGCACAUCUUGGAGGAGGGGGAGUACCUGGACUGGAGGGACUGGGGCGGCAGCUCGGAGCAGCUUCUGUCACUGCGACCCGUAAUGUCUGAUUUCAUGUCUGCACACCUCAAAAUGUUCAGCGAGAGAGACUUUGACGAGCUGGGAGUCAACAUUGACCUCACGGUCCCUGUGCCCAACAUGGAGGACACCGGCUAUGGUGUGAAGACGCAGUCUGUCGACGUCAUGGGCGGCGUGUGGGUGGUGUUUGAAGAGCCGGGUUUCUCCGGUGAGGCCUACAUACUGGAGAAAGGCCUGUAUGGAGGUCCUGAGGACUGGGGUGCCCUGCGGCCCCAGAUCGCCUCAGUGAUGCCCGUCAUCCUGGAUGACCUGGAAAAUUCAGCCAAGUUCAAGGUGCAGCUGUUCUCUGAGCCUGGUUUCCAGGGUUCUGUCCUUGCUUUGGAGGACAGUGCACCCUCCCUUCAGCAAGACUUUCCUGUGGCCUCCUGCAGGGUGCUCGCAGGGAGCUGGCUGGCGUUCGAGGGCUCGGACUUCACCGGCAAGAUGUAUGUGCUGGAGGUGGGGAGCUACCCCGACCUGAGAGCAAUGGGCUGUGUGAAUCCUAACACCUCCAUCCUGUCGCUGCAGAUCGCUGGCUUUGAGUUCUCAUUGCCCUCCAUCACUCUUUUUGAGAGGACUGACCUUCGGGGGAAGAGGGUGAUUCUGACGAAUGGCUCGGUCAACCUUCAGCUGGCUGGAGGCUGUUGCCGGGCGCAGUCUGCCGUGGUGGAGGGGGGCAUGUGGAUAUUAUACGAGGGCAUUAACUACAGGGGGGCUCAGAUUCUGCUGAAGCCCGGCGAGGUGCCCGACUGGCGCAAGUUCAGCGGAUGGUCGAGAAUCGGAUCCCUCAGGCCUCUGAUCCAGAAGCAAGUGCACUUUCACUUGAGGAACAGAGAAACGGGGCUGCUGAUGUCCGUCACCGGGGAUUUGGACGACGUCAAACUGAUGCGGAUCCAAGAACUGGAGGAGACGGGUGGAGUUGAACAGAUCUGGUUCUACCAGAACGGACAUCUCCAUUGCAAGCUGCUGGAGGAGUGCUGCCUGUGUCCGAGCGGGAGCAUGACCAUGGCAGGGAGUCGUAUGGGCCUCUCCUCGGAGCCCAGCGACCAACACCGGCUCUGGAGUAUUACCCCUGAUGGCCUCAUCCGCUACACCGCCACCCCUGAUCUGCUUCUGGAGGUCAAAGGAGGCCAUAACUACGAUAAAAACCAGGUGAUUCUCAACACGUACGACCCAGCUAAACUAACCCAAAGAUGGACUGUGGAGAUUCUAUAGAGACUUAUGGGCUGCAGAAUCGGAUCCUGAUCUUCUCCGGAGACACGGC